GUUUAUUUAACAACCACCAGGAUGUACAGAACUGUCAGAGCUGUAGCUUCGACAGAGGCAUCAGUUGGUGCCCUACGCAGCGCUAGGCGACCUCGGUUUUUGUGCUUAAAUGCAUCGAAUCGGGCUCUUGGUGCCGGUGUUACUUUUGGGGCAAGAGGAAAGGGAGCUCAGAGAUUCUUCUCCGAGACGAGAUGUAUACGUGCUGGCGCCGCAGAGGCUGUGUGAGUACUUUCUUUCCCAAUCUUGGUCAGUUUGGGGGUGAGGAUGGACAUUUCGACAACCCGGCGCAUUGAAUCCCGGCUUGGACUUAUCCAAAGAAAAUAUACUAACAUUAUAUGCAACCAGUCUUAAGCAAGCAGCCUCGUCUCCGUCAUCCCUAACCCAAGAACAAAUUAUUAAAGGCCUGGACAAGGUGGAAAAGGGGAGGCUAGACAAAAUUAGGAAUAUUGGUAUUGCAGCGCAUAUCGAUAGUGGAAAGACAACAGCCACCGAACGAGUACUAUUCUACACUGGCCGAAUCAAUGCGAUCCACGAAGUUCGAGGAAGAGAUGCGGUUGGUGCAAAGAUGGACUCAAUGGAGUUGGAAAGAGAGAAGGGAAUCACAAUUCAGUCUGCCGCCACUUUCUGCGACUGGAAAAAGAUGGAGAAUGGAAAGGAAGAAAAAUACCAUAUCAACUUGAUCGACACACCUGGACACAUUGAUUUCACCAUCGAGGUUGAGAGAGCUUUGCGAGUUUUGGAUGGAGCUGUCAUGAUUCUGUGCGCAGUCAGUGGAGUCCAAAGUCAGACCAUCACCGUGGACAGACAGAUGCGAAGAUACAAUGUUCCUCGAAUUAGUUUUGUCAACAAGAUGGAUCGAAUGGGCGCCAAUCCAUUCAAGGCAGUCGACCAAAUCAAUCAGAAACUCCGGAUCCCGGCUGCAGCAUUACAAGUACCCAUCGGAACGGAGGAUAGUUUCAACGGUGUUGUGGACUUGAUUGAGAUGCAAGCUAUCUAUAACGAUGGACCACGAGGGGAGACAAUCAGGAAGACGAGCGAAAUUCCACCGGAACUAAAAGAUUUGGUCGAUGAGAGAAGGUCAAUGUUGAUUGAAACAUUGGCUGAUGUCGAUGAUGAAAUUGCUGAGAUAUUCUUGGAUGAGAAGAUCCCAACUCCAUUACAGAUAAAGGCAGCUAUCCGAAGAGCCACCAUUGCUCUCAAGUUCACUCCAGUACUGAUGGGAAGUGCUUUGGCAGAUAAAUCUGUUCAACCUAUGCUCGAUGCCGUUUGCGACUACCUCCCCAACCCUGCCGAAGUCGAAAAUUUGGCGUUGGACAAGGCCAAGGACGAAAAGCCAGUCAAGCUUGUUUCCUACAACUCUCUUCCAUUUGUUGGCUUGGCUUUCAAACUUGAAGAAAGCAAUUACGGACAGCUGACUUAUAUUCGGGUUUACCAAGGCUCAAUGAGAAAGGGAAUGAACGUUUUCAACGCCAGAAAUGACAAGAGAGUCAAGAUUCCCCGCAUCGUGCGAAUGCAUUCCAACGAGAUGGAGGAAGUUCCAGAAAUCGGAGCCGGAGAAAUUUGUGCUGUAUUUGGUGUUGACUGUGCAUCAGGAGAUACCUUCACCGACGGAAAUCUUCCCUACUCCAUGAGUUCUAUGUUCGUUCCUGAUCCUGUCAUUUCUCUGUCAAUCAAGCCAAAAACCAGCAAGGAUGGCUCCAAUUUCAGUAAAGCUAUGGCUCGUUUCCAAAGAGAGGACCCUACAUUCAGAGUCCAUGUCGAUGCGGAGAGUCAAGAGACAAUUAUCUCAGGGAUGGGAGAACUCCAUCUUGAUAUUUAUGUUGAACGAAUGCGACGAGAAUACAAGGUUGAGGUCGAGACAGGUAAACCACAGGUAGCCUACAGAGAAACCAUCACCCAAGGCAGCAAAUUCGAUCACACUCUCAAGAAACAAACCGGAGGAGCUGGUGAUUUCGCGCGUGUGGUUGGAUACAUGGAGCCUAUCGAACCUGGACCAAACGGCUACAGCGCUUCCAAAUUCCGAGAAGAAGUUACCGGAGGAUCCAUUUCUGAGAAGUACUUGUUCGCAUGCGAAAAGGGAUUUAUGGCUUCGUGCGAGAAAGGACCACUGAUCGGUCAUCCCGUACUCGGAACGACGAUGGUCAUCAACGAUGGAGCAACCCACAUGACAGAUUCUUCCGAAAUGGCAUUUAAAACCUCAACUCAACAAGCUUUCCGCAAAGCUUUCAAAGAAUGUAGACCACAAGUUCUGGAACCACUCAUGAAAACCACUAUCACUGCACCAAACGAGUUCCAAGGAAACAUUGUUGGGUUACUCAACAAGCGAAACGCUAUCAUUAACGACACCGAAAUUGGGCCCGAGGAUUUUACUCUGACUGCAGAUUGCAGUUUGAACGCUAUGUUUGGCUUUAGUUCGCAGUUGAGAGCUGCGACACAGGGUAAGGGAGAGUUUGGAAUGGAGUUUAGUCAUUACAGUCCUGCUCCUGGUCAAUUACAGUAAGUCUAUUCUGUGAUGAAGAUUCGAUUGAUGCUAAUACAUGCUUUAGGAAGGAAUUGAUUGCUGCUCAUGAAAAAGCGCAGGCCGAUAGACAUAAGAAGUGAAACUAGAUUUUGUUACUUCAUUUAAUGUGUUAUUAGAGAAAAUGCCUUUUUCUAAUCUUUGUAUGAAUUGCUGAUCUUAAAGAAAGAUCGGUGGGAUUGGGACGAGCGACUUUUAUGACAACUUGGAGGGCAAAAAUCAAAAGGACCGGCGUACAGUGUAGAUGUAUUGUAACAUAUGAUGAAAAAAGUCAUUCUACUCUUGUCCCGGGUUUUACUUCAUUGGGCAUGUCCUGCAGGGGUAUC